ACGUGACACACUGCGUGUUCGAAUUUGUGGACGCCAUUUUUGGAGCCGCUUAUAUGGUAUGCAGUAUCAAAUUAUAUUUGAUUAAAGACCAAAUACCAGGAUCUGGAAGAGUUGUUAUAUAACAGGUGUUGUACUUGAUGUGAGGAAUUAGCCAAUGAAACGGCCUCUUACGGUUAUUGAUAAAAGAAAAUCUCCAUCAUGCCACUUGAUACAUUUAUAUGUGGUAACUGUCAAGGUGCUUUCUGUGAUAUCGAAGCCUUUAUGAACCAUAAAAAGAGCACCUGUUUACAAGAGGAACCAACACAGACGGCGGAAGUGAUACAGGUUCGAGUAUCAGGGGAAGUAACUAGCCUAGAUGAAGCAACAGCCAUUCCCUUAGUUUCAGUUGGUGAAGCUGCCACGAACACAUCUUUAACAUUUUACAGUGAGGCAGAUGUGAAUUCAAGUGAGGCUGUGUCAGGGGAGACAACUAAAGAACAAACUUUGGUUAUAUUAAAUGAUGAUUACGAGAGUAUUGACAGCCAUUUAACCAGCGACAAAGGAACGUCAACUGUUGAUAUGGAAACUGAAGAAGCUCCUAAAGUGAAGAAAAAGGGACGACCAAAGAGUAAGAAGAAAACAGAGGUGGUUGUAAAAAAGGAAACUGGAAGACCGCCAUUACCAGAGAGAGGUUCUGAUGGUAGAUUUACGUGUGUUCGAUGUAAGAGGUCGUUUAUUAAAGACCGAUAUUUUAAUACACAUAAAUGUUUAUCCGAUGAUUACGUAGAUAUAACCAAGAAAGAAGUCUUCUCAAUGGGUAACGAUGAUGAUGAUGAUGAUGUGCAUGACGCAGGUGAAAUAGACGAUGAAGACAUUGACGAAUAUACAGCACCUGUCGUUGUAACAGAAGAUCCAGACGAAGAUGUCGACAUCGAUCCAAAAACUCUGACUAAAACGAUCGUGAAAAAUAACAAAGACAAUGCUAAACCUACUAAGCUAGACAAAAUACAGAUUAUAUCAGAUCCAGAUUUAGAAAACUCUGUUAACAAAAAAAUCACCGAUGCUAUCGAAGAUAUCCCGGUGUUUAAAAACGACGCCGAAAAGCUAAAUUUUGAAGCGAGCGUGAACAUUGACUUAAGUGGGAUGGAUGGUAUGUUUACGAAACACAGUAUUGAACAAGAUUUAGUGGAGAGUGUCGGUGGAAACGGGAAGAAUAUCUCCAGUGAACUGUCGCUGUACAUGUGUAAUAUUUGUUCGAAGGUUUUUAAGACUUUAUCUCACAUUCGUCUUCACUGUUUAAUACACACGGAUCUAAAACCGUUCAAAUGUCCGCAUUGUGAAUAUGCUUCAAACUCUAAAGGUAAUUUAUACACCCAUAUGAGACGCCAUACAGGACAGUUUUAUGUUUGUCAAAAAUGUCCAUUCCACUCCGUGAAUAAAAGUCAUCUAAUAGAACAUGAAGCCACUCACAAUAAUACCAGAUAUUUAUGUAAUUUAUGUAAAAAAGACUACAAUACACAGAAAUCUUUAGUUAACCAUAUAAGGAAAUAUCACUGUGAUUCACAGAAAGGCAAAGACUACCUGGCUAUCUUUCUCAAUAAACGAACUAACCAAUCACAAACGGUCAUACAUCAAUGUCACGUUUGUAACAGAAAAUUCAAGAAGAAGAUCGAUCGGGAUAGACAUUUGUUCGUUCACGAUAUAAAAGACAUUCCCAACAUACAACGCUGUGAACUGUGCGAUUACACGGCCAGUCGUAAAGUUUAUUUAGAGAAACAUUAUCUCAAACAUCGCGUGAUUUACUGUUGUUUUUCGUGCCCACAACGUUUUCUCAGUUCUGUACGAUUAAUCGAUCAUCUGAACUCAAAUCAUUUAAAUAACGAUGCGUCAACCACGUGGGAGACAUUGUUUGAGCAAUGUAUCGAAAACAGUAUUUAUCUACCCGAACCAGACGACCAAAUAAGACCAGGAAGUGGAUCAGAUAUUUUAAACCUGCCACCAGAACUUUCAAAAACAUCUUUAGAACUUUCCGACGCCAAUAAGAAAUUGGCCAGUUUGGAAGUGAAUGCAACAUCCACUACGGUGACACCAGCACUGCAUGCGGAUGCAGCUCUUCCUCUAGUUACAGAUUUAUCUUCCACAGAUGCUCCGUCGACCAUUUUGGAUCCAGCAUCCAAUCAGAAUGAAGAGUUAAUGGAGACAGACUCUCCGCUAGUUAUUAAUAGUAUUACAGACAAUUUACUGCAAUCGUCGACGCAAAAUGACGAAUCUGCAGAACCAGUCGUACAUAGUGACGUAUCUGUGGAACCAGUUGAACCUUGUAAGGUAUCCACAGAACCAGUUGUAUCUAGUCAGGUAGAUUCGUUACCUAUCAACAAAGGUGUGGACGAUACUGAAACCAGUUUGUUAAAGGAAGCUAGUCAGAUGGCGGUUGAAGUAGCAGGUCCAGACAACGAAGAUAGUAAGAUUGAAAAUAAUGAUAAUACAACAAUAACCAUCGAAGGUAGCGAUAUAGGGGAGACAAUUCAAAACAACUUAAAUGUUGAGGGAGAUGAAUUACCAAUGGAAGAGGAUAUUAGCGAAAGUUUGAAUGUUAUAUCAGAAGUUGAAGCAGAAGGCUCCGAGAAUGAGUCAGCAGCUAAAAUUGACAUGAUUAUUGCCAAACUAGGAUAUCGUGAAAUGUCGAUGGAUAUUUUCCACAAGAUGCGUGAGACGUUUGGAAGUGAAGAGUGUGAAUAUUGUGGACGUCUGUUUUAUAGUAAGGCCGAUUUUGAAGCUCAUCAAAGAAUCCAUACAGGUGAACGACCAUUCCAUUGUGAACACUGUCAAUUUAAAGCAAUGAAUAGUAACGUAUUAAAGAAACACGUAGAGAAAGAACAUCCAACGGAUAAUACAACGUAUAAAUGUACAGACUGUGAUUUUACUACCACUACUAGAAAUAUGCUGUGGAGUCAUAGAAUAAAACACCUCGCUGUCGUAGGACUACAAUGUCCAAAAUGUCCAGAUAAAUUUGAAAGUAUGAAACAACUACGCACACAUUUAUUAGAGAAACAUCCAUAUAUAGAAAUGGAAGAACUGGAAAAACUGACCGGAUAUAAACACAGACUACAUGGUAAAAUGGGUCGUAGGUCUUACAAGUGUCCAUAUUGUGAAAGAAUAUUUAUGAAAGCGAACGCAGAGUUACAAAAACAUAUCUGGAUGCACGAAGGCAUAAAGCCGUUUAAAUGUGCAGUAUGUACAUAUUCUUGUCGCAGUAAAAAUAACCUCCAAGCCCAUAUGUUACGUCACUCCGCGGAGAAACCAUUCCACUGUGAAGAGUGUGGUAAACUUUAUAAAUCCCGGACAGCUCUACGAUGGCAUGUUAGAUCACAUAAAGAUGGCAAAAUGUUCAAAUGUUCCAAGUGUUCGUAUGAAGCUGCACAACGUAGCCAUUUAAAACGUCAUAUGGAAACUCACGACGUAUUAAAACGUUAUGCGUGUCAAGAGUGUGAUUAUACGGCCAAUACUAUACAGUUUAUGAAGAUACACUAUGCUAGAAAUCACAAGGGUGUCAAGUUUGAAACCAGUGUUUCUACCGAAGCUGAACGCAAUGAACAGAACCUAGAAACCAAAGUGUUUAAAUGUGUUAGCUGUGAUUAUUUAUUUGGUAAUAUGUCCGAGUUAAAACGUCAUCUUCGUGUUCGACAUCAAGUUCAAGUUCAGGAUAUCGCUAAAUUAGAAUCCUCCAUGGAAACCUGUGAAGUCCAGGUUGUACAAUACGUAGAUGAAGGACAGGAACAAUCAGAAAUAACAACAACCGAACUAACGCAGAUAGAAGAAAUACAGGAACAAUCUGUUGAAACAGAAGGUCAGUUGGAUGAGAAAACUGUUUCAGCUGUCAGUUUAUUACAACAGAUUAUAGACAUGUCCAAUCAGGGAGCCUUCAACCAGCAACAUUUAACAGUUUUAAAUGAAGAGGGUCAGAUGGUUGCCGUUAAUCCAGAUACAAUAAUUGUACAGGAAGACGGACAGGAAGUACUCGUAUCCGAUGGUAACACGGAACUGGAUGGUAGUCAAUACGUUAUACAAUAUGUCUCACAGCAAGACGCACAAUUAGAUGGAAUACCAGAAGAAAUUCAAACCACCGAAGAAAUGCAAACUCAAUAAUUAAAACUUAACACAUCCGUAUGUCCGAGAUUCAAGUUAUUUAAGUAUUGUCAUUGAGUCACAUGACGUGCCUUCGAUUCCCUGGUUGUACGUGACAAGGAGUAGGGUCGCCUAUCCAAUCUCGUAGGUUUUCUCCGGGUCCUCCAGUUCCCUCCGACCGCAAAAGACCCCGACGCGCAAGCGAAUUAUUGAAAUAAAAUUGAACCAUAUGUUAGUCCCGAAAUGACCUAGUUUGUGGCGAGUGGAUGUUAAACCCCAUCUCUCUCUCUCUCUAAGUAUAUCUUGAUGUACACUUAAUAGAAUCUUGACAUUUUGGAUUCAACAUUGGCUGAACACCGCUAUCAAGGCCAAAAUUUCUCUGGUCUAGCAUUGCUCAUGGGAAAUGAAAUGGGGUUUAACGUCCUACUGUUCUGCUCCUAUACUGGGCUAAUGAAGACGGGCAUAUGCCAUACAGUGUGCUAUGAGGGAAAUUUUGCUCGGACAAGGGAUCUUUUACGUGCAUUCCAAUGUAUACACGGGACCUCAGUUUUUCGUCUCAUCCAAAAUUACUCAUGUGAUAGAUAUUAAUAUGUUAGUCUCAAAAUGAUCAAACCUCAUGUGUUGACAAGACCUCCACACCACUUAGGCUUUAGAAGUAAUUUAUGAUCAAUCAACUUCCAUGCCAGUAAAAAAGACAAAAUUUAUACUAUUUGUCAUCUUAGUUCAGGUCAGGUCAGGUCAGGUCAGGUCAGGUCAGGUCAGGUCAACUGAACACAAACUUCUUAAAGAUAUUGUUACUUGUUUAUAAAAAUGAAAUGGCGUUUAACGUUCUACUUCUCGGCACAAACCACGCUAAUGAAGAGGGGCACACGUCAUACAUUGCGUUCUAUGAGGGAAAUUUGACGUACAGCAAAUAAAUUCCAUCUAUCAAGAGUUCUUUUCAGUACAACCCAACGACUAAAGUCUGUUCCUUGCGAGGGACUCCAUCCUACACCACUGACAAGAGAAACCAUACUGAAACAUCCAGGGGAACUUUCUUGACCAACAACUUUAAACAAACACAGACAUCCUAGUCAAUGAGCAAGCACCUCAAUCACUAAGCCACCUUGGCUCCCACAUGUGCCAGUAAAGGGUACUGCAACUGUUCUUUGUUAACUGCAAUAUUUAUUAUUAUUUUUGUUAUUAUGGAAUGUAAAUGUGUGUAAUAUUAAUUAAAGUAAAUUUAAUUUGUCACCGAGA